GCGAACUUCCGGGGCGGUGCGCUAAGAUGGCGGCCACCAAGCGGGUGCUGUACGUGGGCGGGCUGGCGGAGGAGGUGGACGAGAAGGUGCUGCACGCCGCCUUCAUCCCGUUUGGCGACAUCACCGACAUCCAGAUCCCGCUGGACUACGAGACCGAGAAGCACCGAGGUUUCGCCUUCGUGGAGUUCGAGCUGGCGGAGGAUGCAGCAGCAGCCAUUGACAACAUGAACGAGUCUGAGCUCUUUGGUCGGACAAUUCGAGUGAACUUGGCCAAACCAAUGCGAAUUAAAGAAGGAUCAUCUCGGCCAGUGUGGUCAGAUGAUGAAUGGCUGAAGAGGUUCUCAGGAAAGACUCUGGAAGAGAACACAGAGGAAGGAGGAACAGAGGCACCCAAAGCAGAGACACAGGAGGGUGAGCCUCCUGCCAAGAAGUCCCGGGCCAACCCCCAGGUUUACAUGGACAUCAAGAUCGGCAACAAACCUGCAGGGCGGCUCAAGAUCCUGCUGCGGUCCGACGUGGUGCCCAUGACCGUAGAAAACUUCCGCUGCCUCUGCACUCAGGAGAAAGGCUUCGGCUUCAAGGGGAGCAGCUUCCACCGCAUCAUCCCCCAGUUCAUGUGUCAAGCUGGGGACUUCACCAACCACAACGGCACUGGAGGAAAGUCCAUCUAUGGGAAGAAGUUUGAUGAUGAAAACUUCAUCCUGAAGCACACGGGGCCAGGGCUGCUGUCCAUGGCAAACUCCGGCCCCAACACCAAUGGCUCGCAGUUCUUCAUCACCUGUGAUAAAACCGACUGGCUGGAUGGGAAGCACGUGGUGUUCGGGGAGGUGACGGAGGGCAUGGAUGUGGUGCGGCAGAUCGAGGCUCAGGGCACCAAGGACGGGAAGCCGAAGCAGAAGGUGAUCAUCUCCGACUGCGGGGAGUGCGUGUGAGCGCAGUGCUGCUGCCCAGCUGCCCCUGCAAGGGUUGGUGCCCCGUCCUGCAGCGGGCUGAGCGGGGAGGCGCGUUGUGCCUGUGCUGCUUCCUGCUCCCACUGUGCCCCUCGCUUGGCAAAGACUUCCUAUAUUUCACAGAAAUAAUAAAACCGAGUGUUCGAAAAACAAA